AUCAAAUAAACACUUGCAUCUACGUAUUGUUAGCUAGCUGGCUCUCGACAAGACAAGGUGAUCAAGGGACGACGACUACAGCGCGCGCAAGCCGUCCGUGUCCUCUCCUCCCUGCCGGCGCCGGCGCAAUGACGUUCGCGUACGACACGGACGUCGUCAUGGACGACGGCACCAUCAUCAAAACUACCGUCACCAACUCCGGCGACGCCACCAAGCUCUUCCUCCGCGAGGUGCGCCAGACCAGAAAGCCCCUGAUCGUGGGUCUGGACACCGAGUGGCGCGUCAUUCGCCGACAGGGCCGGCGCCCGCGCAACCGGAUGGCCGUGCUGCAGCUCUGCGUGGGCCACCGCUGUCUGGUCUUCCAGAUAGUCGCGGCCGACUAUGUCCCGGCCGCGCUGAAAGCCUUCCUCGCCAGCCCGCAGCACCGCUUCGUCGGCGUCGUGGUCGACGUCGACGUAGAGCGCUUGCGCUGCGACUGCAACAUUGUGGUCAAUAACACUGUAGACCUGAGGUAUGCCGCGGCCGACGUGCUCGGCCGGCCGCACCUCAGGACGGCGGGGCUCAAGAUCCUCGCCCGCGAGGUGAUGGGAGUGGAAAUAGAGAAGCCGAAGCACCUGACCUGUAGCGAGUGGGACAGACCUCUGUCGCAGGCGCAGGUCCGCUACGCUGCCAUUGACGCCUUCGUGUCAUACGAGGUUGGCCGGCUGGUGCUCACCAGGGAGCACGCGCAAGAUGCGGCCUUCACCGGUGCAAUGACGAUAUUGCCGUCGCAGUUGCCGUAAAUGUGCAUAGUUUUACUUAGUUAGUGUAGGGAUUGUUUACAUGGUGUAUCUCGCACAUUUAUUCAUUGGUUUAAAGAAAAUUUGGAUUCUUAUGUUUUUUUU